UAAAAAGAGGAAACUCGAAGAUGGUGCAGGAGAUGACAAAGUUGGUGGGACCAAGGUCUUUGUCAUGCCUGGUGGAAUGAUGAAAAGCAAUGGCAAGCUGGUGGAGCUGAUUGAAAAAGUCAAGCCUGAAAUCAGAACUCUCAUAGAAAAAUGCAACACGGUCAAGAUGUGGGUUCAGUUGUUAAUCCCAAGAAUAGAAGAUGGCAACAAUUUUGGCGUCUCAAUUCAGGAGGAGACGGUAGCUGAACUCAGAACAGUGGAAGGGGAAGCGGCUUCUUUCUUGGAUCAGAUAUCCAGGUACUAUAUCACAAGGGCAAAGCUGGUAUCCAAAAUAGCAAAAUACCCUCAUGUUGAGGAUUAUCGUCGCACGGUUUCAGAGAUUGAUGAGAAAGAAUACAUCAGCCUCAAGAUCAUAGUGUCAGAACUGAGAAACCAAUAUGUAACGUUACAUGACAUGAUCCUGAAGAACAUCGAGAAGAUCAAGAGGCCGAGGAGCAGCAAUUCGGAUGCUCUGUACUAAGAUCCCCCUUCCCUUUCAUUCUUGGCCCGUUGUUCCACCAUUUGGAGCUAGCUUUUGCCUUCAGGUGGUUUUAGAGCAGUCCUGUCACCCAUUAUACCCAGGCCAAGAGAAGGACCGCUCAAUCCGGCCUGAUAGUACAUGCCAUUUAGGAUAGAAUUGUAAAAUAUUGUCACUAUUUUAAACCCUUUAAAAUGAGCCCAUUUUGAUUUUUCUUUUUGUUUCUUAGCGGACAGUAUAAAUGUAUAAAGGCAGAGCCUGAACAUGCGUCCCGAGGAAACUGUCUCAGAUUUGUUUUUCUUUAUUUAAUUAAAGAAGCGUUUCAACAGUGGAUUUCAUUUAUUUUUGUGCAAAGCCAAAUUCUAUGUAGUUCUCCAUUUCAAGUGUUUCUGAGCCUAGUUAAGGGAUUAUGGAUCUACCCAGGAAGGUCGGUUUCUCCGGUCGAGCAGCAGAGAAGCUCUUAUUGAUGCUGUAUUUCACUAAAGCAGGUUACGUUGUUCACCUGAAAUGUACAUGUAGGCUGAAGUGGAAGCGAGGCAGUUAUUGUACAAGAUUUUAUUUGGAAUGUGUGCUGACAGUUAUUACGUGGUGGAAUAUUAUAUUUUCAUCUGAAAUAACUGCUUCAUCAAAUUCUGGAAGCUUUUUAUGGUUUCUUUUUGUCCAGUUUUGAGAGUGAUACAUUUUGCCGAAUAAACUAUUGUUUUUACAAUACAUUUAAGGCACGUCA